AUGUCUGAAAGUGAUGUGAUUUCGGAGGGAACAACUAUAGGUAAUAAAAUUAAUAAAAAAAAAUAUGUAUUUUCAUGUUUUCCAUAUUAUUAAUUGGUAAAUUGUUUUGAGUUUUUAUGGUUUAAGUUUGUGGAGUGUGUGAAUAAUUAAUUAUUUAACAAGCAAAGUAUAAAUUUAAUUUUAAGUUAUAGUUUUAUUGUACAAUAUUAUUUUGAAUAUUAUGUUUUUAUUAUUUGUAUAAACUAUAAUUAUUUAUUAGUAAUAGAUGGACAGCCAGAAAAUACAAUGACUAUUGAUGGAAACCGUAUUAAGAUUGAGGAUACAUCUGCGGGAACUGAAAAUAUUACCGAUAUACAAAAUUAUUUAGAUUCAUUUAAUAAAGAAAUUCAAGGAAAUGAUGUUACACAAGUGACGACUGGUAUGUAUUAUUUUUGCUAGUUUUUAAUUUUUAUGUGUUUCUACUUGCAUGCAUAUUUAGUUUUUUAAAUUAACAAUUUUAGAUGUUGAUUCAGUAGAACAUGCAUAUUAUAUUGAUCAAAAUGUCCAAUAUUAUUAUCAAACAACUACAAAUGAUGGGCAAAUGGUUAUGGUUGGAGGUAAGUUAAAUUAUAAAUUAUUUAAUUUAAUCAUAAUUUAUAACACAUUUUUGAAUACAAAUAUAUUUGUUAUUAGGACUCUCUGAACAAGAUGCACAAAUGAUGGCUGACAAUAAUGAAAGUGUUACCCAAAUUGUUCUUCCUAGUCAAGAAAAAUUAAAAAAAGACAUUCCACAAGUAAAUUAACAUAUUUUAUUAACAAAUGUGUAAUAAAUAACAAAACUAUAUUUGAAACAUUAGAUAGUGGCUUUGGGGGAUGGUGGUUAUCAAACAGUUACUCUUGUUCAAGCAGACACUGAAGCUAAUAAUUAUGUUCUAUAUGUGGUGAAACAACCAAAUGAUAAAGAUGAUGAAUCUCCUAAUGUUAGUAUGGAAAUAUCUCAAGAUGAUCCAGAUCCAGAUGAUCCUGAUACUAGUAAUGUGUAUGAUUUCAAUGAUGGUGAAGAUCGAAAUCAAUCAACAAAAUCCAAUAUUAUAGUAAGCUAUUAAGAAAAGAGCUGUUUAUUUAUUGUUGCCAACUAAUUAUUGUUUUCAGGAAUCUGGCGAUGAAGAUGACAAAACUAUAAUUCCUAAAUUAGUACCAAAAAAGUCACAAACUGUUACUCAACAACAUAUGUGUAAUUAUUGUAAUUAUACUACUGGUAAAAGGUAAUAUUAUAUGUUUUUAUACUGUACUUCUCACAGGGAACAAAUAUUGAAAAAUAUUAAUUAUUUUUAAAUUUUUUACUUAACUUCGUGUCAAUAUUUUUGCUUAAUGUUAGUACUGUAGACAUAAUUUUGAAGGCCUAUGUAUAAUAUACAACCAAAAUGAGUCUUUUAGAAUGUAAUUUGCAAUUAAAUGCAUCACAUGCAUUACACUUGGUUGUUUUUUCGAACUGAAAGUAUUGUAUAAUAUAUUUGGCAAUGGUGUUAGUGGUUCCUUAAUAUUUGUAUGGUUUUUAUACAGAAGGUCCAUUGCAUACUCUUAUUAAAAUUAUAAACUUUAUAUUGUUUGAAUUUGGUGACCAAUUGCAACUAUUCAAAUCAAAUAUUUAUUCAAUAUCUUUAAAUUUUAAAAGAAUAAAAUUUAAUUUUUGUAGUACUUUAAUAUCUAUUGCUUGAAAUGAAGCAUAAUUAUUUUUUAAAUUAAUCACUUUAAAUUAUCUAAAUAAUCAUAAGUAUAUCACAUUAUUAUAUUUGUAUAGUUUAAAUUACUUUUAGCUCUAAUUAUUAGUUUUUUUCUUAGUUUAUAACUACAUGUUAGUAUUUAUUCACAUACACUUAACAUUAUUUUAAAUGUUUUAAUAUUUUUCAUUUAGAUAUUUGCUGUCUCGGCAUAUGAAGUCUCAUUCUAAAGAACGUCCGCAUAAAUGUACUGUUUGUGAACGUGGUUUCAAAACUCUUACUUCAUUACAAAACCAUGUUAACACUCAUACAGGAACAAAACCUUAUCAGUGUAGAAGUUGUCCAAGUGCUUUUACUACUUCAGGUUGAUAAACUAAUUAAUUGAAUAGUCUAAUAUUUCUUUUAUAUUUAAACUAUAUAAAGUUAUAAUUAGGGUACAGAUUUAAAUACUCUAAAAAAACAAGAAAAAUACCUUAAAAAGUACAAUUUAAUGCACUUAAAUAAAAAAAAAAAAAUGUUUUAACACAUUAUUUUAAAUGUUGAAUCUUUUUUUUUUUCGUAUAUAAAUUUACUAAAUACAACAGUGCAAGUAGUGCAGUAUGUCUACAUUACAACUCGAUAAAUAGCUUAUCAUUUUCUUUGGUGCAGCCGACAUUGUAUUUAUCUGGUACAAUCGGUAAAUCUAUAAUACAUUUUAAAAUAGAAGUAUGAUUUUUUUUUUUUGUAGGAGGCAAUCAAAAUAAAUUUGAUCAAAUUUUCUAAUAACUUUAUGAAGUUUGUAUAAAAGAGAAAAAGUGCCUUAAACAUCUUAACAGUCUACUUAAUAUAUCUAAAAAUGCAAAAUAGAUGUUUCAUAUUUUUAUCUUUAAUAUCAAAAUUACAUUUUGUAUUUGAAAAGCAUUAUUUUAAGACAUUGAGAAAAAUAAUGUUAUUUACAUUAUAAUCUGCACCAUAGUUAUAACCAACCCUGAUUGUUUUGUUUUUUUAUUUAUAAUAUAUUAAACAUUUUAAUGAAAUUUCUUAAUAUAUUACAGGUGAACUUGUAAGACACGUUCGAUAUAAGCACACUCACGAAAAACCGCAUAAAUGUACUAUUUGUGAUUAUGCUAGUGUAGAACUUAGUAAAAUGAGAAAUCACAUGAGAUGUCACACUGGUGAACGACCUUAUCAAGUAUUUAUUUUUAAACCAAUUUAUAUAAAUGGUUUUUAAUUACAAUGCAUUAUAUAUGUAUAUGUAUAAGUAUAAAUGUGUAUAUUUUUUAGUGCCCUCAUUGCACAUAUGCAAGUCCAGAUACAUUCAAAUUAAAACGCCAUUUACGAAUUCAUACUGGCGAAAAACCAUAUGAAUGUGACAUAUGCUUUUCUAGAUUUACGCAAUCCAAUAGUUUAAAAACACAUAGACUUAUACACAGUGGUAAAUUUUAAAUUUACAUGAUAACCUGAUAAUUAAACUGCAUUUAAGACAUAAUUAUUAUGAUUUUAGGAGAAAAGCCAGUGUUUAAAUGUGACCACUGUCCAGCGACUUGUGGACGAAAAACUGAUUUACGAAUACAUGUACAAAAACUUCAUACGUCAGAUAAACCUAUUAAGUGCAAACGAUGUGGUGAUGCAUUUCCUGAUCGUUAUCAAUAUAAGGUAUUAGAUUAUAAGUUAAAAUUAAUUGUAAACAUUUAUCAAAUAAAUAUUUACUCAAGGUACAUUGUAAAUCACAUGAAGGAGAGAAAUGUUAUAAAUGUGAGUUGUGUUCUUAUGCUUCCAUGUCUCAACGGCAUCUUGAAACUCAUAUGUUAAUACACACAGAUGAAAAACCAUUCCACUGUAAACAAUGUGAUCAAGUAAAUUAUUUUGAAUGUUUCAUACUAUUUUUAUUAAGAUUGGUAUUAUGGUAAUAAACAUUUUUGUUUAAUUUGAUAGUCUUUUAGACAAAAACAAUUGUUGCGUCGCCAUCACAAUUUGUAUCAUAAUCCAGCAUACAUACCACCAGCACCACAUGAAAAAACGCACCAAUGUAAUACGUGUCAACGAUCAUUCAGACAUAAGGGGAAUUUAUUGAGACACAUGGAAGUUCAUAUGCAAGAAUCAACUGGUAACGACCGAAAUACAGCAAUGAAACAACGAUUAGAAGUAUAUAGUGCAAUUUGUAUUCAUAUUUAGUCCAGUAAAAUUAAAUUAAAAUAGUAAUUUGAAAAAACUAAAUAUAAUUAAUAAAUCAAUUUGAUACAGUAUACAGAUUCAGCCAACGAGGAUGAAUCGGAAGAAGAUACAAGUAUUCCAUCAACUAAAUCUGAAGUUGUAACAUUAGACAGCGGAGAUGGACGACAUCAGUAUGUUGUACUUGAAGUAAUCCAACUUGAUGGUCAAGAUCAGCGGGAAAAUUACACGUCUACAAGUGUAACUGUACAACAAGCUGGUCAAUCUAGUAAGUAUUAAUCUAUUUAUUUUUUUUUAAUUUUAAUUAAUAUAAUUAUCAUUAUAUUUCUGAUAUAGCACCAAGUCAAAAGGAUCUUACAAUUUUAAAAACAGCGUCUUUGACUGUAGUUAAAGAAGAAAUUGAUGAUGGUGUUGAAAACUGUUUUGGUUUUGAUGAUGAAGAUGAUGAAACUACAAAUUCUGGUGGUUAA